AUUAGAAGUUGGCCGAGUGGGGACGGCGGCGUUACUGCUGUGGACGUUUACAGAGCUGCUCAGGUGGCUUAGCUUCUCCGGAGCGCCACAAAAGCGGGUCUUCCGCAACCCGCCUAGAAGGACAAGCUUUCUCGGGGCGCUUUCGCUGAACCGGUCUGGCGGAGCGGCUGAAGGGCUGCGUCUUCGGGGGGUUCUCAGCCAUCUUUGACACGGCGCGCAGCUGAAGGAAAGUUGAGAAGACACCCCCCACAGCCAGAGACGAAGAAGCCGCCGUAGCCCCAGCAGCCAAGCGCCGCGUCUCUCAUCCUAGCUCGGCGGCGAGGAGGAGAGAGAUGAGCUUCAGGAAGCCGGGAGCUUAGCCGCCCAGUGAAUUCGGAGCCGAGGACGCCACUUCGUUUCCAGGUCGGAGGGCGGACUUACUUCGCCGAGCAUGGAGCCUCGCACUUACCUGUUGACCGUCGCUUUUCUGCUGCUCUUCCUGCCUGCCUGGUCGCCGCUGCAAAGGCAACCUAGCUCCGCCGCCGCCGCCGCCGCCGCUGCGGCAGCAGCAGCUGCGGUAGCAGCGGGCUCUUCGUCCGCCAAGGAGCUGUCCUGCCAGGAAAUCACCGUGCCGCUGUGCAAAGGCAUCGGCUACAACUACACUUACAUGCCCAACCAGUUCAACCACGAUACGCAGGACGAGGCGGGGCUGGAAGUCCACCAGUUCUGGCCCUUGGUAGAGAUCCAGUGUUCGGCGGACCUGCGCUUUUUCCUGUGCAGCAUGUAUACGCCCAUCUGUCUGGAGAACUACAAGAAGCCACUGCCGCCCUGCCGCAGCGUCUGCGAGCGGGCCAAGGCCGGCUGCGCGCCUCUCAUGCGCCAGUACGGCUUCGCCUGGCCGGACCGCAUGCGCUGCGACCGCCUGCCCGAGCAAGGCAACCAGGACAUGCUUUGCAUGGACUACAACCACACCGAUCUCGCGACCGCCGCGCCGCAGCCGCAGCCCAAGCCGCCGCACCGAAAGCCGGCAGGCGGCGGGACUGGCAGGGGCUCCGGGGCUGUGGUGCCGCCUCCGUCCGCCGCGGAUCCCCCGCUCCGCAAGGGUCGCCCUCCAACCCCCUGCGAGCCGGGCUGCCAGUGCCGGGCGCCGAUGGUGUCGGUCUCCAGCGAACGCCACCCGCUUUACAACAGGGUCAAGACGGGCCAGAUCGCCAACUGCGCCCUGCCGUGCCACAACCCUUUCUUCAGCGCGGACGAGCGCGCGUUCACCGCCUUCUGGAUCGGCCUGUGGUCCAUCCUGUGUUUCAUCUCCACCUUCGCCACGGUCUCCACCUUCCUGAUCGACAUGGAGCGCUUCAAGUACCCGGAGCGGCCCAUCAUCUUCCUGGCCGCCUGCUACCUCUUCGUCUCGCUGGGCUAUUUGGUGCGCUUAGUCGCUGGCCACGAAAAAGUGGCUUGUAGCGGCGGAGCGGCGGCGGCGGCAGCGGCGGCAGGAGCAGGACCGGCGGGCCCCGCUGGAGGCGCUGCGGGGGCGGCCGCGGCCGCGGUGGGAGGCCGCGGAGCAGCUGGCGGAGCCGCGGAGCUACAGCCCGACUUGGCGGUGGCUGAGCACGUGCGCUACGAGAGCACGGGCCCGGCUCUGUGCACCAUCGUCUUCCUUCUGGUCUACUUCUUUGGCAUGGCCAGCUCCAUCUGGUGGGUUAUCCUGUCACUCACCUGGUUCUUGGCGGCAGGCAUGAAGUGGGGUAACGAGGCCAUUGCGAGUUAUGCUCAGUACUUCCACCUUGCGGCUUGGUUACUUCCCAGCAUCAAGUCCAUUGCAGUGCUGGCUCUCAGUUCCGUGGAUGGAGAUCCCGUGGCUGGGAUCUGUUACGUGGGCAACCAGAGCCUAGAGAACCUGCGAGGGUUUGUGCUGGCCCCUUUGCUUAUCUACCUGGCCAUCGGCUCCAUGUUCUUGCUGGCUGGGUUUGUCUCCCUCUUCCGCAUCAGGAGUGUCAUCAAGCAGCAAGGGGGCCCCACCAAGACGCACAAGCUGGAGAAGCUCAUGAUCCGCCUGGGCCUCUUCACUGUGCUCUACACAGUGCCUGCUGCCAGUGUGGUGGCUUGCCUUUUCUACGAGCAGCAUAACCGCCCCCACUGGGAAGCCACACACAACUGUCCCUGCCUGCGGGACCAAGAGCCUGACCAAGCCCGCCGGCCAGACUAUGCAGUUUUUAUGCUCAAGUACUUCAUGUGCCUAGUGGUUGGCAUCACCUCUGGAGUUUGGGUCUGGUCUGGAAAGACGCUGGAGUCCUGGAGGGCACUGUGCACCCGCUGCUGUUGGGCUAGCAAAGGGACCGCAGUUGCCGUGGUGGGGAGCAUUGGAGUCAGGGGAGGAGGUGGGGGCCUAGGGUCUGCUGCCGCUGUGGGAGGGCUGGGGGGUGGAGGGGGGUCUAUGUACAGCGAUGUCAGCACUGGUUUGACUUGGAGGUCUGGCACUGCCAGUUCGGUUUCCUACCCUAAACAAAUGCCUUUGUCCCAGGUGUAAAAUCUGGAGUUUGGAACAGAGGAAUAUGGUGCCCAUCCAUCUCUCUUUGAGAAGAAACCUCCCUAAGGAGCAGGGCAGUUCCAGAGGCCCAAGUGCCAGAAUCAUUGUCCUCAGCCUCUUCCUCUGUUCCUUGUUAGUCAACCUUUCCAUGUCAAAGCUGCAUGUUUUUGUGUUGUUGGUAUAAGAAUUUUCUGGAGACAAGAGUUGCCUUAUUUGUCUUCAGCCAGCACAAGCCCUUUGGCCCAGUAGGACUCUUCCUGUCCAUCCCUCAAAAGUCUUGAUACAAUGUGAAGGGAUGUCUCUAAGGCUAAUUGACCUGCAGGGGUGGAAGAGUCCCUUAAGAAUCCCCCCCCACCUUUAUUUCAAUGCCAACAACCACAAAAACUGGCAGAUGCCUUAAAAUCAUGUGCUCAAAUCAUGUCUUAAUUGUACACCCCCCCCAGUAAAUACGGGUUUAUUAUGUUUAAAGGAUGUAUUUAUAUAAUUAUUGGUACCUUGUACAAAAUGUGUAAAAUAUGUAUAUAUUCCAAAUACUAUACAGUCUGUAAAUUUCUUUUGUUUAAAGAAAAAAAAAUUUAGAGGCUUACUCCCAUGGCUCUUGCCUAAGAGCGAAAGUUUGAGUAUUCUAUUUUGUCAAUAAAAUCAUGUCAAAUGAUUUGUUUGGGAGGGGCAAUGCUCCCUUGUUGCUCUCCUAGUUAUUUUUAAUUCUUGACUUUUGAAAAAUACAGAUGUUUCCUCAGAGUACUGCUCAAAUAAAUGCCUUGACAUAUUUCAGUAAAAUCCACAGAGGCAUUUUCAGAACCUGAGAUCAUCGGGUCCAGCUAUCAACAUUUUUGGCUGUUGGUGAUGUUGGCUGGAAAAAGGUAGUUGCUGGAGUCUAAAAAUACGUAGUCAAGAAUUCUUAAUGUUUAACUUUGAAAUUAUAACUCGACAGAGUGGUCUUUGGUGCUCUCUGAGCUUGGUUAUUUUCUUGCAGAUGUUCCAUUACCUAAACUAGUGCUCAUCACCAGUGCUCAUUUCAACACUUGAGCUGCCAAUAUUCUCCUUUGUUGGUAACUGGACAGAGUCCAGAAGUUAUAAAGCAAUGGCUUUUCAUCACAUCAUAGAGCAAAGUGGACAGGGCUACAUCUGUCAAGGUGUUAAUUCUAAGUGGUGGGUUGAUUGACCAUCAAGUCAAUGUCACUCUUAGCCAUGUUUUCUCCAUGAUGAUCUGCCUGUAAUCUGGACUUGCAAGGUAGGGUGGUUUCUCCAUAUAUUGUGGGAUAUGCUAGAAUUCCCAGUUAGCAGCAUCUUGAUUGGGAAUGAAGCUUAUUUGGGGUGAAGGCUUUUGGGGGUCUUCAGGAACUCUUGCUUUAUCCUGCAGUAAUCUGGAAGAAUAGCAUUUCCAUCCCACGAGUCUAUUGUGAUAUCUGCCAAUGUGGGAGCAUUAUGUGUUAUCCUUUUUUAAUGGGUUGCCAUUGUGUGCUUGCACUUUCCUGUCCAGCAGGCCAAAGUUGAGAAAAGUUGUUUUAUGAUGGAAAAAUAAGCUGAGAACUGUGGGGGCUUUUAUUUAUGGAUUCUGUAAAUGUGUUUAUAAGAGAUCACAUGGUCUUCCAUGGACAUCAAAUGGUCUAGGAAAAGAAGGUUUCUCUGCCCACCUAACCCAUCAAGGCAAGCAUUAAUUGAAGUGGGAAGCAAUAGAAUUAGACUGCUUUACAACAACAGAUGAACUUUUUACCUGUCUACCCCAAUUACUCAGAGCAUCUCUUUUAAACAGAACUAAAUGAAUAAAGUUAAUCUGUAGGGAUCUUACCUCCUUUAGAGACAAUUUAAACAAAAAACCCCCCACAAAACUUUGAUCUCUUGUCUGUAAAUGUCUUGUAUAGAGGGUUUGGGGGGUUUCUUUCUUUAGAAAAUUCUUUCUACUGCCCAGUUUCUCUUGUUAGACCAAUUUGCCACCAUGGAGCUUCAAAAGUUGUUCAAUUAAAAGAAUGUAAGGCUUUUUUUUUUAAAGGGAGACUUGUAACAGUUAGUGAAUCCAGAGGAAAAGAACAGCCUUUUAACCAGCUUUUCCUAGCUUUGUUAAUCAGACUAAAGGCACGUAGGGCCAAGGUUAGAGUAUUAUGGGGAGGGGUGGGAUGAGAGAGAAAUUUCUAAAUGCUCUACAGGUAGCCAAUGGUCUACUUAGAAUUGCUCCAGUUUAAAGCAUUUUUGCAGACCAAUUAUAUUUCUGAAUUCUUCAGUCACACUAACUGCUGCUUCAUGGACAAAGCUGCUAACCAACCAGACCAUUUUUGUUUUGUUUUUGCUUUGCUUUGCUCAAAUAAGCUUUUAAGGUUCUGAGGUCCUGCCAUUCUUUCUUGCUCUCUGUACACAUGUAUUUUAAACCCUAGUUUGAAGCGCAAGAAAGCUUGCAUUUUGGGUUGAUUUGAAUGCGUAGUGGUUUCUGUGGUAGGAAAAAAGCAAACUAGGUGAGCAGCUUACAGAAACAGGCAGCCACUUGGUAGUUUCUCAGGACCUGGGGCUGCCAGUUUGCUAAAUGGUAGAAUCAGAAAUUGGAUAAGGGGUACAUGGAGCAGUAAAGAUCACAGAGAAGGGGAACUUGCCAAUCUCAAGAUGCCUACUGAAUUUCAGAAACUUCUGAACUCUUUCCCAGGACUCUUUAGCCAUCAUUCCAAUGAUGAGAGGUAUAAAACCUGGAAGCCAGCAUUUCUCCUUCUCUAUCCUAAAUUAGGCUAUCAGUGAAGGGGGUAAUUCUAGUGCUCUUAACGUCAAGAGGUGGCCAGUUUUACUGUUUAAAGCUAAGCAGGGUUGGACUUGGGUAUUUCUAUAUCAAGGAUUCAGAUUAAAAGCUGCCAAGAGUUAUUGUUUGAGAUGGGCAGCCAUGAAAAUUGAACAAACAAAUGGGAAGUAAAUAAAUUAUAAUUAUUGCUAAGAAAUGACAUAUAUCCAUUAAUGUAUUGAGAGUUAACAACUAAGGAUGGCCCUUCUCCUUUUCCUCCUCUAGAACUUGAACAUAAACUUUAGGAGCUUUGAAAUCAUUAAUUAUUUUUUUUGCCAUACACGCACCCACACCCACACACGUAAAAAAACAACAACCCUGCAUUACUGAAGGAGAACUCAAGUGGCAAGUUAACUUCCUCUUUCUUGUGCUUUUCAAGAUGACUUAUUGUGUUUGUUUCCUUUUAUCUCUUGUAAUUUCAGCUGUUGAAGCCGGACAAAACCUGCUCCAAUAAAAUCCACAGAAUCAGCAAAAGACAAAUCAGAUGGCAGAGAGGCUGUUUUGGCUCGUCAAGAGAAUAAUUAACCCUAGAGGAUAUGUUUUACAGCAAAUUAGAAGUACUUUGCCAAAAAUUAUUUUCAAUAUUUUAAUGCAUAAUGUACAUAAGAUGCAGAGAUCCUGGAAAAUGACGUUUUUGGACCAAAUCCUGAAAUGUUCACAAAUGUAAUUCUUGGGAUGGCUGUUGUGUUUUGUUUGUGUAUUUAUCCCUUUUCUUCACUGUAGAGAGAGAAUACAAAUGAAAUAGGUAGAAUUAUCAUAAAGUGUAAUAAAUUAAUGAUAAUAAAGUAAUAAAAUUAUCUUCUAAAGGUUGCUUAAAAGAAAUUGGGCUGGCUCAUUAGGAACAGAAGGUUCAAAUAGUUAAAGUAGAUU